AGUUGCCUCCACACUAUAUAAACACUCAUUGGUGCCUCUGGCUUGACGCACACACACUCUUUACGCACGCAUGCACACACACACUGAGGGUAACUUGUAUAGGGAGCCAGAGAGAGAGAGAGCGCUCUGAGAAACAGAAAGGUACACAGAGAGGAGAGUGGACGUCAGAAAGUAAGAGAAGGAGAAGGAGGACGGUAGCUCCUGAGCAUCUCCUGCGCACCUAUUCAUCCCUGUACGCUCACGGAUCUUAAACACUUUCUACUCCUCGUGUUUGUUCCAGAGAGAUUUAAAUAUUUGUUUUUUUGCAAAGAGGCUUUUUAAUUUUUGAAGGAGACGCGAUUCCUGGAAGAGUUUUUGUUUAUUUUUUCUCCCCUAAAACCAAAUCUUUUCAUCCCUCGAGAAGUUUUAAAAAGUAAAGUCCUUGUUAGUUCCAGGACUCCGCUUCACUUUUUCCACGUGUCCCUGGGAGUCCAGCGUUUAAAAUAAACGUGUCACCUAGAGAUAUUUUUUUUUCCUUCAGCAAUUUUUUCCAACUCCAUUUUUAGUCAGUAACUCACAAACGAGACUAAAAAUGAUAUUUCAAACAUGAGGACAGUCCCCAGCCAAGAGAAAUUCGUGUCCUAAACCUUUAAACCAUUAAAACAAAUCGAGUUUUAAUGGUUUCAUUUUUCCACUUCAUAAGCUGACGUGUGAUAUUGAAGACACGGGGAGCUCACCUGUAGCGUCUCCCCAGCUCAGCCGACCCUGAUUUGCACUCUUGAGGCACAGAGACGCCACUUUGUGACUGUUUUAAAAACACAGAUCCAAGGAACUUUAAACACUUCAUUCAUUCUCACAACACAGCCGCCUCUUGUCACCUACAGUGCGCGUAAAAGAGCGCUGCGCUUUUUACGCAAAAAGAACCUUGAAAUCCAACUAUUCAAACAUCCCGGUGACAAAGACUAUUUUUAUUUUAAUUUUUGGCCACAAAAAUAAAGUUUUAGCGCAUCUUUGCCCAAUUUUUGAAAGUCGACCACAGUUCAACAGAGACUACCGGGCUCUCCAUCACCAUGCUGUUCGACACUUUCGACAUCGUCUCCGCUCUGGCCACUCUGGCCGCUUGCCUGGUGUCCAUGGCCCUGCUCCUCGCCGUGUCCCAGCAGCUGUGGCAGCUCCGAUGGACGGCCACGCGGGAUAAAAACUGCAAGCUGCCCAUGCCGAAAGGAUCCAUGGGCUUCCCCUUCAUCGGCGAGACCUGCCACUGGCUUCUGCAGGGCUCAAGCUUCCAUGCCUCACGGAGACAGAAGUACGGCAACGUGUUCAAGACCCACCUGCUGGGCCGUCCUGUGAUUCGGGUGACGGGCGCUGAGAACGUGCGCAAGGUGCUGAUGGGCGAGCACACGCUGGUGGCGGUGGACUGGCCCCAAAGCACGUCCACGCUGCUGGGACCGAACUCACUGGCCAACAGCAUCGGAGACAUCCACCGCAAGAGGAGGAAGGUUUUUGCCAAGGUGUUUAGCCAUGAGGCCCUGGAGUCCUACCUCCCUAAAAUCCAGCAGGUCAUUCAGGAGAGUCUCAGAGUGUGGAGCUCCACCCCCGAACCCAUCAACGUCUACAGGGAGAGCCAGAGGUUGUCCUUCACCAUGGCUGUGAGGGUGCUGCUGGGUUUCAGGGUGUCAGAGGAGGAAAUGAAGCAUCUGUUCUCAACCUUCCAGGACUUUGUUAACAACCUCUUCAGCCUGCCCAUAGACCUGCCGUUUAGUGGCUACAGGAGGGGUAUCCGUGCACGAGACACCCUCCAGAAGAGCAUAGAGAAAGCCAUCAGGGAGAAGCCACUGCGCUCCCAAGGCAAGGAUUACAGCGAUGCACUGGAUGUCCUGAUGGACAGCGCCAAAGAAAAUGGCACAGAGCUCACCAUGCAGGAACUCAAGGAAUCAACCAUCGAGCUGAUCUUUGCUGCCUUUGCCACCACUGCCAGCGCAAGCACCUCCCUUAUCAUGCAGCUCCUCCGCCACCCUCAAGUCCUGGAGCGCCUGAGGGAGGAAUUGAGGUCCAGGGGUCUCCUCUACAAUGGCUGCCUCUGCCCUGAAGCAGAGCUGAGGCUCGACACCAUUAUCAGCCUGAAGUACCUGGACUGUGUAAUCAAGGAGGUGCUGAGGCUCUUUACUCCUGUUUCCGGAGCCUACCGAACUGCCAUGCAGACCUUUGAGCUCGACGGGGUCCAGAUUCCUAAGGGCUGGAGUGUGAUGUACAGCAUUCGGGACACCCACGACACUGCUGCUGUCUUCAAGGAUGUGGAUGCCUUCGACCCUGACCGCUUCAGUCAGGAACGGAGUGAAGACAAAGAGGGACGCUUCCACUAUCUGCCUUUUGGUGGAGGCGUCAGGUCCUGUCUGGGAAAGCAGCUUGCCACCCUGUUCCUUCGCAUCCUGGCAAUUGAGCUGGCGUGCACCAGCCGUUUCGAGCUGGCCACGCGGCAGUUCCCCCGCGUGAUCACAGUACCCGUUGUCCACCCAGUCGACGGGCUGAAGGUUAAGUUCUACGGUUUGGACUCCAACCAAAAUGAGAUCAUGGCCAAGUCCGAAGAGCUCCUGGGUGCGACAGUUUAAAAAGGGUGGAAAGUUGAUGAGUUGGGGUGGGAGAAGGGAGGGUGUGAGUCUUUAGGGAGAAGAUUUGAGAAAGGAAGGAAGAAAUUUUUAGUUAUCUUUUCCUUUCCACCUUUUUUUUUUCUGCCAAGAUGGAGAAGUCUUCAUCUCUUGUUACAGCUGAUGGUGAUUGGGACUUUCCUUUAAGAAAGAAAGAAGCUGCCAAAAAAGUUCCUAAUUAUGCUCAAUUCUGUGUAUUUUUAAAGAACUAUACAAACAAAACGUAUGUACAAAAAAAAAAAAAGCUAUGUAAUAUAAUUUGAAAGAGAACGUGGGUAGUGCACAAAGGAAGAAAGACAAGUGUGGUGGUACUUUUGGUGAAAUGAAGUGUAGAAAAGUUAGAGUCAAGAUGGUUGUGGAAGGGAGGUGGAUGGAUGAAACAGGGUAUAGGAUGAACAAAUAUGAUAUUCUAGCAUUUUGCUUGUGCUUAAUCAGAAUCAGUGAAGCAUUUCAGUUGUAUAGCAGGGUAAGAGAGAUGGAUAUAUAGACUUAAAAGUUUCAGGUUUCGUGAUCCUUACUCAUUUUCUCUUCUUAGCUUUUUUGGAGACUCUUUCCAAUUCAGAUUCUUUACUAGCACUCAGAUGCACCCUAAAGGGUCAUUGCACACUGGGUGGCAGGUUGUGCAUUAGUUUAGCUCUAUACUAUUGAUGAUAAUGAUGCAGUAAAUACUUUCAGUGGUUUGAACUUGUACUGCUAAUUAGUGUCUGGUAUCAAUACAGUAAAGGAAAGAGCUGUGCUUAGAAAUGAAGAAUGUAUUCUAGUGGGGAAGAUACGCUAUGUCAAGGGGCAGUACUCAAACCAUAUUGAAGCGAUGUAAGGGGGCAACUUGUUUCUUAUGACAACCUUGCCUUUCCUAUUUGCCUCUAACAGUUUCCAUAUUACCUCCACUCAUGCACCAUAAAGUAAAAUAAGCUUCUCAAAGUACUAGCAUCACAAAGAAACACAUACAUAGAGGUUAAGAGCUGCAGAGCUUUUAUCCAGGGGGAUUUUAAUGCAAAGUACAGCUGCAAUCACAGGACAGAAGAGAGGAACCUGAGGUCCUCAUACUCUUUGAGAUACUUCUUGAUGGUAUAAAUGCAUGCUGAAAGGUCAGCGCCAUCUUUGUGGCUUUAACAUUCCACUUACAUGCCCUAAAAAUAUGGGAAGUAUUCUAGGUUGAAGCGAAACUAAAAAAAAAAAAACCCUAGUUUCCUCAAUUCUACUUUGAACCUUGCGAUUUCUUCAGGUUGCCCAUCUGCAUUAAGUCAAAAAUCUUGCCCAUAUAUACACAUCCCCAAUAAUUUUGAUUGUGAAUAAACUCAGGUGCAGAGUAGGCACUGUGGUGUAUAAUGGAUAAGCCUUCUUUAAUAUUUAAUUAUGACUGCACAUAACAGGACUCUUCCAUACUCGCCGCUGUAACUUCAGAGCUGGAUCGAUGCUUUCUGCCCACACAGGAAAAAAAAAAAAACAAAAAAAAAAAAUGAAUCGUGGGGUGGGGGCGAGGGACUUCAAACAGCAUUUCUUUUUAUACUUGUUACCUUCUGCAACCAUUUUGCAUCCCCCAAAGGAAACAAUUUUGUUGGUGGAAGCACAAACAGCCGACAGGAAUUCCCAUUUGGCAUCACACAAGAUAAAAGCAACGGAAUCCAGAUCAAAAGUAAUAUGGUCCAGGUCUACUUUGUAAAUUCUCUGAACCUGUGCUUUGAUUUUUAUACCACAUUACCAAGUUGCAUUGAGAUUGUACUCUCUCGGGUGGUGACUUUGUCCCACAACAAGGACACAAGUAACUUAAGGACUUGCUCCGAGAGAGCGGUGAAACUUUUUUUGGGUGGGCAGAGGAGAAAUAAGAGGGAUGAGGCGGAGGUGUAGAGAAGACCUACAUACAUGCUGCUUGAGUGUUGCUUUGUCAUUCUGCGUUUAUUUGUGUGUUGUUUUUACUUGCGCGGCUCCCUGGGGCGGCCAUUUUGGUGACAUUCUGUCUUGCUGCUCCUCCAAUCAACGCUAAGAAUGCAAAAACAAGAUAAAUUCCAUGGUUUAAGCAACUUUAUGAGCUGAAAGAGAUUUAUUGCUUGAGCUGAUUGCACAAUCAGAACUCUUGGAGCUUUUUGUGUUCCACAGUUGGAAAGGAACAUUCAGUUCUGUCAUAUAUGGAAAGCUUCUACAAUGGAAAUCUGGGACUUGUUUGGGAUUUUAAAAUCCUUGGACAGAGGUCUAAUUUCUGUGCUUGGGAGAGAAGGACCAAUGAGGUUUCAGGGGAGGGCAAGGUCACACUCAGAGUUUUUUUUUUUUGUAAUUUUAUUUUUUUAUUGGACCAUCCUAUUGUCCACUAACAUUCCAGAUGGAUCCUGCCUGUGCCAGAUGUUGUUCACUCUUUCUACCAACCACACCACUGAUUUCGUCAUGAUGAAAAAAUAUGAACGUAGAUUUUUUUCUUUGUUUGUUUUUGCUGCUUUUCUUGUGUACAUUUUCGAAUUGAGAGUUCUAGAUUGCAAUAGUUUGUAUCGAGUGAGACUUGCUAUUUCUUUCCUUUUAUAUAU